CCAGCCUGUGGCAGUGUCACUGCUGCCACAUCCAGGUGAGUGCCACCGGCUCCUGGCAAUGCUGCCAUGUCCAGGUGAGUGCCACCAGUUCCCAGGGACACAGGGCUGGGUGUGGCCCCAGCUAAGCCCGGCUCCAAGCCGAGCUAACACCGGGUUUAAAGCCCCAGGCAGGGAGGAGGAGGUAGCAGCAGGACGCCCCGGCCCCCGGGAGCUGCCGGGGGCUGCUGCCAGCGGAUCUAACGCCGUGCCCUGUCCCCCUGUCCCCAGCUGCGCCCCCUGUUCCUCCUGGCCCUGGCAGAUUUCCUGGGUGCCGCGGCGCUGCUGGGCACGGGAACCAUCCCGCUGCUGCCGGCCUCCCUCUCCGUGCCCGCCUACGCCGCCUGUCCCUACGGGCGGAUGCUGACCACGACCUCCUACGCCGUCUCGUUCCUCAUGGUCGCUGUUUACGCGUACGAGUCGCACCGCACCGUCCUCGGGGGGCGAGCGCGGCCCCCGGCAGCGCUGCAGGUCCGUGCCUGGCCCGGGCACAGCCGGGACAGCACCGGGGAGCGGCGGAGCGAGCCGGGGCAGCCGCUUUCCCCGGCAAGUCGGGAUUUCCCGGUCCUGGCGGAGCUGCGGCCGCCCCUCCAGCCCCGGUUCUCGGCGGUUCUCCCGCAGGAGCGGAGCCGCUGCCUGGAGAGCGCCUGGCGGGGAAUUCCGUACGUCCUGGCCUGGUGGGUGCCCGCCGCCGGCCCCGCCCGGGACUCUCCCGUCCCUUCCCGGUACCGGUACCGGCCCCGCCCGGGGCUCUCCCGUCCCUUCCCGGUACCGGUGCCAGCCCGGGGCUCUCACCCGUCCCUUCCCAAGGCCGGUACCGGCCCGGGGCUCUCAGCCGUCCCUUCCCAAGGCUGGUGCCGGUACCGGUACCGGCCCGGGGCUCUCAGCCGUCCCUUCCCAAGGCCGGUACCGGUACCGGUACCGGUGCCGGUCCAGGGCUCUCACCCGUCCCUUCCCGAGGCUGGUGCCGGUACCGGUGCCGGCCCGGGACUCUCACCCGUCCCUUCCCGAGGCCGGUGCCGGUACCGGUACCGGCCUGGGACUCUCUCCCGUCCCUUCCCAAGGCUGGUACCGGCGGUGACUCUCCUGGCUCAGCUGCUCUCCCGCGGCACCUCCGCCGCCGCCAUCGCGCCCGUGGUGCCCCGGCCCGGCUCCAACGACACCUUCAGCCUUUACUGCUCCAGCUGCCUCCUCCUGAUCCGCCCGAGCCAGGACAUUUGCUCCCAGUCCGGCGGGGGCAGGAACGCGGGGCUGGAGGAGAAAAUCAUCCUCCUGCUGUACCUGCUGCUGGUGCUCGGCUGCUGCUCGCUCCUGUACCGGCGGGUGCGGCUCCGGUGCCGCGGGAACGCGGCGCUGCCGCUGCUGAGCCUGGACAGGGACGGCGGCUUCGGGGGCAGGAGCGGCCGCAGCGUCAGCAAAGCCUCGCUGCACUUCCAGCUGGUUUUCCUGCUCUGCUGGACGCCAGGCAAGGCCAGGGGGGUGUCCCAAAGCCCCGCAGGGUCACACUGA